UUCAGAAAAUAUUGAACUUCAGCUACAAGCUUUGGAAAUCCUACAGCAGAGAUAUGGGAUUAUACCUGAGUCCUUUACUCAAGUGAUGAUAUGCCUGAGGCGGAGCAACAGGUUCUUGAGCAAGUUCUAAACACAAACGGCGCCGCCUUUCCUCUUGAUGAUCAGCAAAUAUUGGAACAGAUAUUGAAGAAGUCGCUGGAGGAACACGAAGCCCUGCACGCUGGUCUAGACGUCCAAUCACGGGAUCUGGAGAAGGCGCUGGUGGAGUCCAACGAUGAGAAAGAAAGACUUGAGAGAGAGAGAGAAUGGGAGAAGGAGAUGCUGGAGAAAGCCUUGAAGAUGUCCCUCUCUGAUACACCUGAUGACAUACCUACACCUGAGCCGCUUCCCAGCAUCCAGAACAAUUCUAUCGAUCCUGAAGAGCUUAAACGGCGUCAAAAGUACCUGAAGAGGCAACGGGAUAAACUCUUGGCCUUGAAACAGCAGGAGAGAGAGAAGCAAUUGGCUGCCUAUGAAGAAACGGCGCCUCAAAAAAGACCCAAAUCCUCUAGGGCUGCACGUAAGGUACUAGAUGGUUCAAGCAUUGACCCCCAGACGCUAAAGCUGAGGAGAGCUUUAGCUGAGAGACUGAAAGCUGAGGUCAUUGGUGAAAAAUAAGCUGGGUGGAUUAAGACUCCCCUUCCUUCCUCCAAGACCCCCUUUCCUUCCUCCAAGUCCCCCCCUUCCUUCCUCUAAGACCCCCCUUCCUA